CCGGCCUCAGCUCCCUCCGCCCUUCUCGCGAACAGCCUCUCGAGCGCUCCCUCCUCCAGCAGCCAGCAUGGUGCACUGGUCGGCCGAAGAGAAGCAGCUGAUCACCUGCCUUUGGAGCAAGGUGGACAUAGGCGAAGUCGGCGGUGCCACCCUCGGGAAACUGCUGGUGGUGUAUCCCUGGACCCAGCGGUUCUUCGCCCACUUCGGGAACCUCUCUGGCCCCAGCGCCAUCUGCGGCAACCCCCUGGUCAAGGCCCACGGCAAGAAGGUGCUGACCUCCUUCGCAGAGGCCAUCAAGCACCUGGACAGCGUCAAGGAGACCUUCGCCAAGCUGAGCGAGCUGCACUGCGACAAGCUGCACGUGGACCCCGAGAACUUCAGGCUUCUGGGCAACAUCCUCCUUAUUGUCCUGGCCGGCCACUAUGGGAAAGAGUUCACUCCCUGCUGCCACGCCGCCUAUCAGAAGUUGACCAAUGUGGUGGCCCACGCCUUGGCCCGCCGGUACCACUAGACCUCCCGGUGGCAUAGCAGCUGCCUGCCCCCCCUCGCCACAUCUGGAGCCCCUCCUCGCCCACUGAUGAUGCAAUAAAAGUCCUCUUCAAAACAA